AUGUCCAUUGGUCAAGGAAUUCAAAAGCCAUCAUGGUUGAAGGCUCUUUAUGUGGAGAAAUUCUUUGUGCCAUGUUCAAUUCAUGAAAGUGCAAAGAAGAAUGAGAAGAAUGUUUGUUGUUUGGAUUGUAAUAUUAGUAUUUGUCCUCAUUGUGUCACUUCACAUCGUGUCCAUAGAUUGCUUCAAAUUAGACGUUAUGUAUAUCAUGAGGUUGUUCGAUUAGAAGAUAUAGAAAACCUUAUUGAUUGCUCCAAUAUCCAGGCAUAUACAAUAAACAAUGCUAAAGUGGUUUUUAUCAAGAAGAGGCCUCAAAAUAGGCAAUUCAAAGGAGGAAACUAUUGCACUUCUUGUGAUAGGAGUCUUCAAGAACCAUUUAUUCAUUGCUCUCUUGGAUGCAAGGUAGAUUUUGUGCUAAAGCACCACAAGGACCUUUCCCCAUUUCUAAGAAGAUGCACAAUUCUACAACUUAGUUCUGACUUCUUUAUCCCUCAAGAUAUGGGUGACGAUGACAUGGCCAUCGACACAGCUCAUUCAACGAUCGUGGACAAUGACGAGCCAUGGAGCUCAUCAUCGUCCACGGGCUCGGGAUCAGAAAACAUGAGUUUUCCAUGCACUGAGUUUGUAAGGAAGAAGAGAAGUGGAAUGCAUGUUUGUGGAAGAUCAGCUAAUAAUUGUAACAACAUAACAGAAGAAGAUAUGGCUACUAGUAUAAGUAGAAGAAAAGGCAUUCCUCAAAGAUCUCCAUUAUGUUAGAAUACUAAUUAGUUGUG